AUGGCACGACAAGCACAACGUGAACAAGAUGAUGCCUCCCCUAACGUAUCGCAUGUAACUAGUUCAUACGACAGCCAACUCUCUACAAUUGCGCGAGCCCAUUCUGAUCACAACAACUCCACCGCACAAACACAUACCUUGCUUGAUGACUUCCUGCCGACCGCUUACCUGAAUCCCGAUGAUGAUCAUAUCUCUCACGACUUUGGGUACGAACCCAAUCUGGCUGCAUUUGCUCUUGUUUCCCCUUCGAUAUCUCCUGCUGUACAUUAUUUUGGUUAUGAGCGCCACCUACCUGACAAUGAUCUUCACCAUACCUCAACAUAUUCCGAUGUGGAUAUGAUUUUCAGUGACGAAUCCACUACAACUAUUCCUAGUGCCCGCAGUGUCACUGCCAUCACUGGUUCCACCAUGACGCUACUUGAGGCAUCGACUUUACUGUGUCAGACCAUCCCCAAAACUGUGAACAAGCCCGCAAAACAUCAGAGUGGGACCACUGGUUUGCCGCAAUAA